GGAGGCCAGUACAACCGUCUUUAUUUAGGUAAUACAAUCACCCCUGAAAAUCGUGACCAACAGACUCUAUACAUACCGGCACAUCCAUCCUAUAUUUUUCCACACCAUACGCUCACUCAAGAAAACCGACAAGGAGAAUUGAUAAUGAACUUCUCAACCCUCCUCCUGGCCUAUAUGGCUUUCAAAAUAGCAGCAGUCUCUGCCGCCACCCUCCGCCGGGUCCUGGACUUCGGCGACAACCCUGGAAACAACCAAAUGCUGAUAUAUGUUCCUGACCGGCUGGCACCGAAUCCAGCUAUUAUCGUUGCUCUCCACGGCUGCCUCGAGCCCGCCGUAGCAUACUAUCUUGAAGUCAAAGAUCUCCCCCCAGCAUCCGACAAACAUGGCUUUAUCGUCAUAUACCCUGAUUCCCAGAAUGACUUCCACUGCUGGGACGUCUCAACGGAUAAAUCACUCACGCAUAACAAUGGGAGUGACUCGUUGUCUAUCGUGAAUAUGGUGAAAUAUGCAAUUUCCAACUAUAACGCCGAUCCGUCAAAAGUGUUUGCAACAGGUUCCUCGUCUGGAGCGAUGAUGUCUCAGGUUUUGGCGGCCGCUUACCCGGAUGUAUUUUCCGCUGUUUCGGCAUAUAGUGGACUUCCUUAUGGGUGUUUACGAGGAAGCCCCGGGUCUUCGCCGUUUACGUCUGAUCCGGCGUGCUCGAAAGGGGAGGUUAGGAAGAGUGGUGCUGAGUGGGCUGCUGAAGUCAGAAGUGCAUGGCCGGGAUAUAAUGGGAGUUAUCCGCCUGUGCAGGUUUGGCAUGGCACUGCGGAUCAUGUUCUUAAUCCGCAGAACUUGCAGGAGGAGAUCAAGCAGUGGAUGACUGUUUUUGGGGUUCAGUUAGCUGAGAAACAGAAGAAUGAUCCGUUGGAUGGGUAUACACGGUAUAUUUAUGGAAAUGGAACCCAGUUUGAGUCGUAUUUGGCAGAAGGAGUGGGACAUGUUGUGCCGACACAAGUGCAGGAGACGUUGAGGUGGUUUGGGCUGGUCUGAUAUAUGUUGAUGUGAAGUCAUUAGUCAGUCACCCUUCGACUUUCACAAAACAAUUUCACUGGUAAAGGCGUCACUGAUACUG